AUGUCUCAACACCCAACAGAGCAAGGCGUGCCCGAGGUACGGGUGAACGGUGAGAGCAACAAUUCUCCACUCGUGUUCAAUGGGGGGCUUAUCCCCAAUGGGUCGGGGGAGAACGAGGACUUAGUCUCGGAUUCCAAGUCAAGAUUCCAAGUACAGAGGGUGCCGUCUGUCCGGGGUGAGAAACCAAAACCGGUGGCACUUGUGGCCACGAACCUUUUAAAGCGUCACGCUAAUGCCAAUGCCAAUACUUACGACGCCAGACGUAACACGCUGACGUUCGGCGGAGCGACGACUUACCACACCCGUCACAGUUUGGGCUCGAUGGGCUCCAACUCGGACAUCUACAGCGGUCAGUUGAGUCCUUAUGCUACCUAUCACAGCCAACUGAACACGUAUGACAGCCGCCGGGAGAGCGGGCAGCUUAGCCCCACCGGCACGAAUGUUUGUAAGACGUUUGGUCGUGACACCCAGGAAGCUCUGCCCCACGUGGACCAUUACCGGAAUCUGAUGUCGGCAAUAACGGCGAUGAAACAGAGGCCCACUCUGACGGAGCUGCACGAGGAACAGGUGGAAGUUUCCCAUAAAAACAACCUGAUCGAGUUUGAAGUGGAUGACAAGAAGAACAAGGGAGGUAAAUCUUCAUCCGGCUCUGGGGGUGUAAAGUUUGGCUGGAUACAGGGCGUCCUAGUACGAUGUCUGUUGAACAUCUUUGGUGUGAUGUUAUUCCUGCGUUUGUCCUGGGUGACUGGUCAAGCGGGUAUAGGUCUGGCCUCGGUCAUCAUUCUACUAUCCGCAGUGGUCACUGUACUGACCACCAUGUCUAUGUCAGCCAUCUGUACCAACGGGGAGGUCAAGGGAGGCGGAGCUUACUACAUGAUCUCCCGAAGUUUGGGACCUGAGUUUGGAGGAGCCAUCGGAAUCGUCUUCUCACUGGCUAAUGCGAUCGCCGCGGCGAUGUAUGUUGUGGGUUUCGCGGAGACCGUAGUACAGCUGAUGGAGGAGUACGACAAGAGCAUCACUGGUAAUCCCCUGAAUGACAUUCGCCUGAUCGGCUGUGUGACGUCGGUGUUUCUUCUCGGUAUCGUCGUGAUUGGCAUGGAAUGGGAGUCCAAGGCGCAACUGGGACUCUUGUUUAUCUUACUUGUGGCUAUUCUGAAUUUUGUCAUCGGAACUUUCAUCCCUCCGACACCGGAUAAGAGGGCCAAAGGAGUUACCGGAUAUUCAGGCGAAGUCUUCGUGGAAAACUUCUCUCCAGAUUUUAGAGGCGGCGAAGGUUUCUUCUCCGUGUUUUCUGUUUUUUUCCCGGCUGCCACUGGGAUCUUAGCUGGGGCCAAUAUAUCCGGGGACUUAAAGGAUCCACAAAAGGCCAUUCCGAAGGGAACAUUUCUCGCCAUUUUGUUAACAACCAUUGUCUACCUCAUGAUGGCGUGGAUGUGUGGCAGUGUAUUACUCCGCGACGCCGCGGGACCAAUCGAACAGCUAGUGGAUCACAUGAAUAUGACGUCACUUGGUAACCAGACAACGUUAGCCAGUAAUAUGACUGACUGGGCAGUAAAUGCUACGAUUUCAAGCUGUUCUGCCCAUGGCCCAAAAAAGUGUGACUUCGGAUCCAUCAACUAUAAUUAUUCUGUCGGCCUCAUCUCUGGAUUCCGUCCUCUGAUUUUGGCGGGAAUUUUCGCUGCAACCCUGUCGUCUGCUCUUGCCAGUCUUGUCAGCGCGCCAAAAGUAUUUCAGGCUGUUGGAAAAGACCGUUUGUUUCCCGGAACGAACUUUUUCGCUAAGGAGUAUGGGAAAUCCCGGGAACCAAUCCGAGGCUACGUACUGACAUUCGGGAUUUCAAUAGCCGUUACCUGUAUAGCCGAACUCAACGUGAUUGCCCCGAUCAUUUCUAACUUCUUCCUGAUGGCUUACACCUUGAUUAAUUUUUCCUGUUUUGAUGCCUCCUUAGCCAAGUCUCCAGGCUUCCGUCCAGCUUUCAAGUUUUAUAACAAAUGGUUGAGUUUACUGGGAGCGAUUUUGUGCCUGGCUGUGAUGUUUGUUAUCAACUGGUGGGCGGCCCUAGUUACCUUUGUCGUUGUGGGGGCCCUUUAUUUGUACAUACGACAGGCGAAGCCAGAUGUUAACUGGGGAUCAUCAGGACAAGCGCAUGCGUACCAGGACGCCUUAAAAACGUGCCAGAAAUUAGUAACCGUGGAAGAGCACGUAAAGAAUUUCCGUCCUCAGAUACUGGUGCUCUCUGGCAAUCCAGAAAACCGCCCAGACCUGGUAGAAUUUGCGUCCGCCAUUACGAAAAGGCAGAGCCUGUUGUUGUGUGGUCACGUUUUGGAGGGAGAACUUUCCGACCAUUUAAAACAUCUACGUUCCAUGGCCUCUUAUAGCUGGUUCCGGUCCAGGAAGAUAAAGGCUUUUUACUACGGCGUGGCUGCGAAUAGCCUCCGCCAGGGAGCGCAAGUACUUUUGCAGAUCACAGGUCUGGGGAAACUCCGUCCAAACACCCUGAUGUUGGGUUACAAAACUGACUGGCAAACAGACGAAAUAGACAUGGUGGAUCAGUACUUUAACAUCAUACACGACGCGUUUGACCUACAUUAUGGAGUAGGCGUGUUCCGUGUGCCGGGAGGGUUUGACAUCAAGAAGGUCACAGACGAUGUCUUAGUAGGGGAGGACAGUCUAGGCCACGAAACCUAUCACAGUUCCGACGAAGACGAGGAGACUGAAGCACCCUCCAGUCGUGGAUCUUCGGAGGCUGUAGAUAAUGGAAGUUCUUCACAUAAUAGAAGUUCUUCACGCAAUGGUGCCGUUAGCUUGUCCGGUGUGGUAAACCCAAGCUUUCAUGGGUCGGAGAGAUUGCCUACUGUACCCUCAGGAAUUGCCUUAAAGAACAUGGAAGAAGGCGUCAUAGACGACGGCGUUUCACCUUGCCCUCUCCCAGAAGACUCCAGACGAAAUGGCCAAAACGAUGACGAAGACGGGGAAGAGGAUUUGAAUCUGAGUCUGUCGGAAAACCGAUUCCGUGCCAAGCAGGAAGGCACCAUCGAUGUGUGGUGGCUGUUUGAUGAUGGGGGCCUUACAUUGCUAGUUCCCUACAUCUUGUCCACAAGGGCUAGCUGGAAAAACUGCCAACUUCGGGUAUUUUGUGUGGGAACGAAACAGGCGAAUAUUAACGAAGAUCAGAGAAGAAUGGCAACAUUGUUGAACAAGUUUCGGAUUGACUUUUCCCAGCUGACUGUGAUAGCAGAUCUAGGAAGUAAGCCAAGACCUGAAACCACUGAAGAGUAUGAGACAAUGAUGGCGAAAUGGAAGCUGGGAAAAGACGAGUCAUCUGACGACAAACCCUGGAUGAUCUCUGACGCGGAGUUCCUGGCGCACAAAGCCAAGACCAAUCGACAUCUAAAAUUACGAGAACACUUAUUGACACAUUCCAAGAAAGCAGCUCUCAUUGUCAUGACGUUACCCAUACCCAAAAAGGCCACUACCUCUGCCGCCUUGUACAUGUCCUGGCUAGAAGUCAUCACGAAAGACAUGCCGCCUAUUCUUUUGCUGCGAGGAAACCAACAGGAUGUUCUCACCUUUUACUCAUAGCAGGAGAAACGAAUAGGAUGUUCUCACCUCACUUUUUACUCACAUCAGAGGAAACAAACAGAAUGCUCUCAUCUCCUACUCUUGGCAGGGGAAACCAAUGGGAUGUUCUCACCUUUCGCUCACAGCAGGAGAAACCAAAAGGAUGUUCUCACCUUUUACUCAUGGCAGGGGAAACCAACAUGAUGUUCUCGUUUUCUGCUCAUAGCAGGGGAAACCAACAGGAUGUUGCCAUCUUCUACUCAUAGAAGGGGAAACCAACAGGAUGUUUUCACCUUUUACUUAUAGCAGAGGAAGCCAAUAGGAUGUUCUCAUCUUCUACUUAUAGCAGGGGAAACCAAUAGGAUGUUCUCAUCGUCUAUUCAUAGCAGAGGAAACCAAGAGAACGUCCUCGCCUGUUACUCAUUAUGGCGGAAUCCUAGAGGAUUCUCUCACCUUCUACGCAUAUAUGAUGAAACCAGCAGGAUAUCCUGACAUUAGAGGAAACCAAAAGGAUGUCCAUGCCUAUAACUCAAAGCAGGGGAAACUAAGAGGGAUCCCUCACCUGUUACUCACAGCAGCAGAGAGCCGUAUGGCGCGUUUGUAGCAUUACUGCCAAACACCAUGCCGUCCUCCUAUGAGAUUGACAGUCAAACCUAAUUUUGAACUCCCAGUAGCGAUAAUCACGCCACUGUUCAACCAGUCAGCAGGGUUGCGAUGGAAAUACACCAACUGUAAAUAAAAAAGCGGCUCAGAAUCGAAGAAUUCGGUUCUCGCAGUCAUUAUCACUCCUCUGGAAGUAAAAUGAGGUCAUCACAUGACUCGAAGGUGUUAAUUUCCUGGAAUCCUUCGGCGAUAGACAGUGAUCAACACAUUACCUGGACCGUCUGGUAACGGGAUUUAAGUAACACCCUGGUAAAUCUUGAUUUCAAGACAGUUAUUUUCAAAUAGUACUCAUCAAAGGUCAUGAAAGAUUUCGUGGUUACGAGUGCUAUGUCUCAGCGCUCAAUGUUCAAAGUAAGAGUUUGUUAGAGCGUUACUACAUGGAUUGGGAUUUAUCUCCCCUUGACGAUGAAAACAUAUACGUGCAUGUGGGCGACCUGCAGACCUUUUAUACCGUACCAUGUUAUCUAUGCAAUUUUGUUUGAGACCAGAAGUUAAUGACGUUGCGUUGAGUUCAACACAUUUUCUUAGUUUUGUCUACAAUUUUUAAUAUAACUAGUUUUGUAACAGGUAAUAAGCUAAGUGAGUUUUAGGUUAUUUUCAGUUUUGGAAAAAAGGAGCUAAGGUGGUUACCGCACCUAGUGAGAAUGUGUGGGUAAGUUACAUCACACCAUGUCACCCUCAAAAAUUAUAAAGGGUUGGCCAUGUACUGCAGCCCUGGUGUACACCAGAUGUUUCUUCUAAAACACAACGCAUUUACCACUGCCACGUUCAAGUUAUUUUCUCCAUCUCAAUUGAAUGUCAAGCUGUAUGAGCAAAGCAUGUAGGAAUAAUACUCAUAUAUAUUCAAGCAAUAGUAGUUUGUCAUAUAGUAUAGUAAAAUACAUAUGAACAAUUAAUCAGGCACACGCUCUUUAAUUUUAAAGUACAUAAUCAAUUCUUUGUCAAACGGUGUGUAUAUAUUUUUCAGAUGAGCUUUUUUGGGGUGUAGCCAAGCAAGCUGAGGUAACAACCUCACACGUCUUUCAAAUUGUUGACUUUUUACGCUAAAAGGAAAAAAAUGUCCAAGGCUGUUUGUAAUAUUGUUAAUUAUUGUUUUUUGUCAAUCUUGUACUCGGACACCCCCAUCCAACCAAUCGUAGAGUUUCGACUUCGAAUUCUUUUAUCGCUAGAGAUAAAAAAAGUCCUACUGUAUCAGGUGACCUGUCAAACAUGUUAAACAACUUUUGCAGGAUUUCAUUUACUAUAUAACCUGGGCAUCAUUUAGUAGGCAAGCAAUAGAGAAAAUUAAGGAGUUAGGCCUUUCUGAAGUUAAGAAGUUAAGAAAGGAAGAAGGUGCCUCUGGAACACAAUGGGUCGAGUGCUGGGAAAAGGUUGCCUAACAUUUUCAGGAGUCACAUGAUACAGGAGGACUGUUUUAACCUUCAAAGACAAAAAGAGUUCAAACUCGAAACUCCCCUGUUGAUAGCAUUCUGAAAUACAUGCUAUAGGGCGUCGGCAUAAGACAUGUAAAUCGUGUAUAAUAAUGGUGUACAUAAAGAUUUAGUGUAUUAUUAUGAAUA